AUGGCGGCCGAGCAAGAGAAGACAGCAGAUGUGCAGAUCGCGAGUGAUGUGGCAGACAAAGCUCUAGAGGAUCCCUCAAACAUUGCAGAGAACACAGCGGACGCAGAUGAGGAUGCUGAGGAGGAAGUCGAGGAAGACGGCGAGGUAGAAGCAGGCACAGCAGCAGAGCCCUCCAAGAAGAAGAAGAAGCCCAAGAAGAAGAAAAAGAAGGCAGCAACAUCAGGCGAAGGAGCGGACUCAGCAGCAGGCGCACAACAACCGCCGAGGCCAGCGCAGGUGCAGAACAUACAAUCGCUACUCCAACAGCUUGCUGUGUCGCAGCAGGGGCAGAAGCAAGAAGGCAAGGCACCAGAGGAUUACAAGUUCUGGAACACGCAGCCGGUGCCCAAGUUCAAGGAACCACCGAAUCUGCUGCAAACCACGGACAGCUCGAGCGAGUCGCUACCCGAAGGCCCGAUCUUGCCCGACAAGGUCUGCAGAGCGAGCGCGAAGGAAGAGCCCGAGAAGCUGGUGGAGGGGUUCGAGUGGUCUACCGUCGACAUCGAGGACAAGGGUGAAUUGCAGGAACUCUACGAGCUACUGGACGGUCACUACGUGGAGGAUACCGACGGUUCGUUCCGCUUCAAGUACAGCGUCUCGUUCCUCUCGUGGGCGCUGAAGCCGCCCGGGUGGAAGAAAGAAUGGCACAUCGGCGUGCGGACGAAGUCGACGACGGAGGGGAAGAGAGGGCGACUGGUCGCUUUCAUCGCCGGCAUACCUGUCACGCUCAAAGUGGGCGAGCACAAGUUCAAGUCGACCGAGAUCAACUUCCUCACCGUCCACCACAAGCUGCGCGGGAAGCGACUGGCGCCCGUCAUGAUCAAGGAGGUUACGAGGAGAUGCUAUUUGAAUGGCAUCUACCAGGCGCUGUACACGGCUGGCACGAUCUUGCCUACGCCGGUGAGCACGUGCAGAUAUUAUCACCGCUCGCUGGACUGGGAGCACCUCUACAAGUGCGGCUUCAGCCAUGUACCGCCCGGCACGACGGAGCUGAGGCAGAAGUACAAGUACAAAGUCGAUACGGCGCAGACGAAGAUCAAGGGCAUGCGGCCGAUGAAGCCUGACGAUAUCGAGGGUGUGAGGGAUCUGCUUGUGCGAUACCUGGAGCGCUUCAAGCUGCGACAAGAGUGGACAGCAGAAGAGAUCGCGCACUGGCUGUGCUCUGACGCGAGCAAGGACGUCGUCUGGAGCUGGGUGGUGGAUAAAGAAGGCGGUGGUAUCUCUGACUUUGUGUCCUACUACCUACUCGAAUCCACCGUCCUCAAAUCAAACCAACAAAAAGAAACCAUCCGCGCCGCCUACCUCUACUACCUCGCCUCCGACACCGCCUUCCCCCCCACCUCCGGCCCGCACCCCAAAGCCGCCCAGAUCCAAUUAAACCUCGCCUCCCGUCUCCAAGCCCUCAUGCACGACGCCAUCGUCCAGGCCAAAAGGGCGAAUUUCCACGUCUUCAACGCGCUGACGCUGCUGGAUAACCCGCUGUUUUUCAAGGAGCUGAAGUUUGAGCGCGGGGAUGGGAAGUUGAAUUUUUAUCUGUUUAAUUGGAGGACGGAGGCGUUGGGGGGUGGGGUUGAUGGGGACGGGGUGGCGGAUGCGGGGAGGAUGGGUGGGGUGGGUGUGGUGAUGUUGUAG